ACAGCGCGGCGGGAAUGUGGAACUGAGCGCCGCGGCGCGGGGGAGGGGUGCUCCGGGACGGGGGUGCGGGGCUUCCCCCCCCAGAGGAGGUGGCGCUGCCCGAUCUAGGCUUAAAGCACGCAUAUGAAUUAUGCAGAGACAGGGGAGUGUGGAGGAAGAGCAAUAUUCUGGGAAUGGGCAAGUUCCUGGGGAGGGUGGAGAGCGCCUUUCGUCCCAGGAAGUGAAAGAAGCGGGGAGUGGGACGGGAAAUGAGGCUGCGGAAGAUGAGAGCGUCCCGGUAGCAGGGACACCUUUUAAGUAACCCUUAUGCGUGAUAAUAGGGACUUGAAUUGGGACCCUAGCAGGGACAAAUUGUCAGCAGUUAGGAGGUAUAGUUGACCUACAGGGGGUUUGAACACGAUUCCUGCUACCGGGAGAUGCUCUGCGCCUACCGGACACUAGUCCUUUCCCAAGGGCUUUGGUUCCCACCAAAGACUCUCAACUCUUUCACUUCCGUUAUUUGCUGUUUUCAGUUCAUCUUCAGCCUUUCUACCGAGUGUUUUCAUCUCUGUUUCGAAUGGCUUGGAUUUCUCCUAUUCUGAAAAGAGGGAAACCUUUUACCUCAUCCCAAAUUAAUUUAACAAGGGUUUAUAGUGUACAGUUUGCCUGGCACUGUGCUCAGCUCUGGGGACACAACCGUCAACAAAAGACACCCAGUCUUUGCUUUUGUCGAGUUUUACAGUUAAGUGGGGAAAGCAUGCACUGAUAGAAGAGUCACAAAUGAUUAUGAAGUUACAGUUGGUAUAAGAGCAGCAGUGGAAGGAAGAAGCAACCCCUUUGGUGAAAAUAAGGUGGUGAAAUAAAACGUUUAAGGAGAGGGUUUGAACCAGAGUCUCCACAGGGACUGUACUAUGGCCAAGUGCAAGUUCUGCAGGCACAUCUUUCAGCGGAUCAUGAAGAAGCCACGAGCGGCUGUGGGCAGCGGAGGUCGUCGCGGGAAGCAGGCAUCCAGCGGGGAGGGAAGGGGAAGGCGUGUCCUCGGCAGCCGUCAGGCCAAGUCCUCUGUCGCUCGUGGCCUGGCCAGGCAGCAGGAGGAGGUGGUAUCGCAGGCCUCUGUCUCCCUGUACCAUCUAUUCAGAGAUGUGGCAGAGGUCACAGCCUUCCGGAAGAGCCUGCUGAGCUGGUAUGACCGAGAGAAGCGGGACCUGCCCUGGAGGAGGCUGGCGGAGAGUGAGGUGGACCCCGACAGGCGGGCAUACGCUGUGUGGGUGUCAGAGGUCAUGCUGCAGCAGACCCAGGUGGCCACGGUGAUCAACUACUACACCCGGUGGAUGCAGACGUGGCCGACCCUGCGGGACCUGGCCAGCGCUUCCCUGGAGGAGGUCAACCAGCUCUGGGCUGGCCUGGGCUAUUACUCUCGAGGCCGCUGGCUACAGACAGGCGCCCGGAAGGUGGUCGAGGAGCUAGGAGGCCACAUGCCACGAACAGCAGAGACCCUGCAGCGGCUCCUGCCUGGCGUGGGGCGGUACACAGCCGGGGCCAUUGCUUCCAUUGCCUUUGGCCAGGCAGCUGGUGUGGUGGACGGGAAUGUAGUUCGGGUGCUGUGCCGCGUCCGAGCCAUAGGUGCUGACCCCCGCAGCCCCCUCGUCUCCCAGCAGCUCUGGAGCCUAGCCCAGCAGCUGGUGGACCCAGCCCGGCCAGGGGACUUUAACCAGGCAGCCAUGGAGCUAGGGGCCACGGUGUGCACCCCCCAGCGCCCACUCUGCAGCCAGUGCCCUGUGCAGAGCCUGUGCCGGGCGCACCAGAGGGUGGAGCGGGAGCAGCUUUCAGCCCCCCAGAGCUUACCGGGCACUUGUGACAUAGAGGCGUGUGCUCCCGACACCGGACAGUGCCAGCUCUGCGCACCUCCCACAGAGCCCUGGGACAAGACCCUGGGAGUGGCCAACUUUCCCAGAAAGGCCAAUCGCAGGCCCCCCAGGGAAGAGAGCUCUGCCGUCUGUGUUUUGGAGCAGCCCAGGGCCUUUGGAGGUGCCCGACUUCUGCUGGUACAGAGGCCCAACUCAGGUCUGCUGGCAGGACUGUGGGAGUUCCCGUCUGUGGCCGCAGAGCCCUCAGAGCAGCUCCAGUGCACGGCUCUGCUGCAGGAACUGCAGAAUUGGGUCGGACCCCUCCCAGCCACCCGCCUCCAGCACCUGGGGGAGGUGGUCCACAGCUUCUCUCACAUCAAGCUGACUUACCACGUGUACGGGCUGGCCCUGGAAGGACAGACCCCGGUGACGGUCCUGCCCGCUGACGCUCGCUGGCUCACCCGGGAGGAGUUUCACGCCGCAGCUGUCUCCACAGCCAUGAAAAAGGUGUUCCGUGUGUAUGAGGGCCAACGGCCAGGGACCUGCAAGGCUUCCAAAAAAUCCCAGGUGUCUACCCUGUCCAGACGGAAAAAGCCCAGCCCAGGCCAGCAAGUCCUGGAUAAUUUCUUGCGACCCCACAUCCCCGCUGAUGCACCCAGCCUCGACAGUACAGCCCAGUGAUGCCUCUGGAAGUUCUCAUCCCCUGAGAAUCUUGUUUAAUAAAGUGCUUAUUUUUGUAAUCA